AUGUUCCAAGCAAAGAAAGACGCCCCGAAACCCUUCGGCAACCUAGCUCCCUGGGCCGAACCCGCCUGGUCCCACGGCAUCCCAUCACCCUACUACAACACCACCCACCGCAAGCUCCGAGACGAACUCCGCGCCUACAUCGACAAGAACAUCCUCCCGUACUCUCUCGACUGGGAAGCAGCCGGCGAAGCCCCUCGAGACGAAGCGCUCAAAUGGGCCGCCUCGGGCUUCUGUUUCGCAGAUGUCCCAUCCCAGUAUAGACCAGCGACCACCUCUCCCGGUCCAGCAGGGAUACGAGUAGAAGAGCUCGACGUCUUCCACACCCUCAUAAUGACAGACGAGACCUCACGAGUCGAAGGCGGGGUCUUCACCUCCCUUGGUGGAGCCAGCGUAAUCGGCAUCCCACCCCUAAUCCACCACGGCACUGAAACCCAAAAGCAAACCUGGCUCCCCGGCCUCUUCACCUGGGAAACCUCCUUCUGUCUCGGGAUAACCGAACCCAGUGGUGGCUCAGAUGUAGCCAACAUCCAAACCACGGCCGUCCAAACCGAAGACGGGAAAUCCUACGUCGUAAACGGCUACAAGAAGUGGAUCACCGGUGCCCCCUGGGCAACCCACAUGACGACCGCCGUGCGCACCGGUCCAGCAAACUCCGGCGCAGCAGGCGUCUCCGUCCUCGUAAUCCCCAUGAACUCCCCCGGUCUAACCUGGCGACGUAUCCCCAACAGCGGCCAAAACGCCGGCGGUGCCUCGCUCGUCGAACUCGACGACGUCCAGGUCCCCUGCACAAACCUUAUCGGGCGUGAAAACGCCGGGUUCAGAACAAUAAUGCUCAACUUCAACCGCGAACGCUACAUCAUGGCCGUAGGCUGUAACCGCAAAGCGCGGACCUGCCUCUCCACCGCCUACGGCUACGCCUGCGCCCGGGAGACGUUCGGGAAGAAACUGAUCGAGAACCAGAUCAUCAGCAGUAAAUUCGCCACUUUAGCCCGGUAUAUCGAAUCCCACUGGGCAUGGCUAGAAAGUAUCGCCUACGCCAUCCAACACUCCACCACCGGAUGGCAAGAUCCGGAUAUAGCCGGCCGCAUCGCGCUAGCUAAAGUACAGGGGGGUAGGAUCCAGGAGAUGGCGAACCGGGAGGCACAGCAGGUUUUGGGGGGAGCUGGGUAUCAGCGUGGUGGGCCGGGGGCGGGCGUGGAGCAGAUGAGUCGGGAUUUGAGGAUGAUGGUUGUGGGGGGUGGGAGUGAGGAGAUUAUUGCUGAUUUGGCUGUUAGGCAGGAGGGGAGGUUGGCGAGGGGGAGGGGGUGGAAGAUCUGA